CGUGACGCGUGAGUGACGUUUGUCGACUUGUUUGUUUGUGCUUCCUGGUGCUUCCCCUUUCCUUUAUUAGUCUUUUAGUCGUUUGUUUCUUGCAAUAAAUUAAACUUGAACAAAAAAUUUAACCUUUUUCUGUUUUAAAACAUAAUCAGAAAAAAUGGGUGAAAGAUACAACAUCCACAGUCAACUUGAACAUCUACAGAGUAAGUACAUCGGCACCGGGCACGCAGACACCACUAAAUACGAAUGGCUCACGAACCAGCACAGAGAUUCGUGUUGCAGCUACAUGGGCCACCCGGAUUUGCUCAGUUAUUUUGCCAUCGUUGAAAACGAGUCUAAAGCGCGAGUGAAAUUUAAUCUGAUGGAAAGAAUGCUGCAGCCUAGCGGGCCGCCCCCAGAAAAACCGGAGGACUAAUUGAUCUCUGAAUUUAUUUGUACUUCUGUAAGAAUCGGAAAAUUAACCUUUAAGUUUUAAAUAAUAUAAAUAGGUGACACUGACA